AUGGCACCGCUCGAGGCCCCCCAAUUGUGCUUCCUCAGUCAGGCAGCCAGCCUGCUAGCAUCGGAGAGCCCUUCGACAGCAGCGCAUCUGUUCUCGGUACAUACGAAGGUCUUGCACGAUGAGUUAAGACCGCUCAAUACCCACCAGCGGAAACAUCACUGUGGGGGAUGUGGUAGUACUAGACAGUCAAAAUGUUCCCAAGUUACUCAGGUUAAGCCUAGAGCCAAGUCUCGAUCGAUAUCUAAGCUGGAUACCGCACCUGCUGGUGGUGCGACGGUCUAUAAGUGUCUGCGCUGCAAUCAACGCACCAUUAAUCCACGCAAGCGAAUGACCUCUAAGCCACGGUCUAAGGUUUCAUCACGGGUCUCUACAUCAACUUCUUCACCGGUUCCUGCUCCCCCAGAAUCUUCGGCCCUGCAGGCUCGUCCCUCUACCAGCACUGAAUCAGCUCCCUCCAAAACAGAAGGCAACGCAAACAGCAAGAAAAGAGCCAAGACCCGAAAGCAAGGUGAUCAUGACCCUCAAGCGGACGAGCUUCGUGAGACGGCGCUCGUGACCUUGGAGGCCCUGAUUAGCUCGUGUAACCAGCAGAUGCAGCCAUACAUCACCAACGCCAGCCAAGCUGCCCUCCGAUUCCUGAAAUACGAUCCCAAUGUCGCCGAAAUGGAGGAUGAUGAAGAAAUGGGCGGAACUCAAGAUGAUGGCAGCGAAGACGAUGCUACUGCCGACCUGGAUGAUGAUGAAUUUGGGGACUUCGAAGAGGAGGACGGAUACAGUGACAUUGAUGAUAUGAGCUGGAAGGUUCGACGUUGUGCCGCAAAGCUACUCUACACGCUCAUCUCAACCUAUGGCCGCAGCCGUGCUUUGGACGAUGCCACCCUCUACCAGCAAAUCGCCCCCGCCUUGAUCUCCCGUAUCAGCCGUGAGCGGGAGGAGAGUGUGAAGAUGGAAGUGGUCUCGACUUUGACAGCUCUGGUACACAAGACGAGUGAGGGAUCCGUCAUAGUCACCUCCAAUGGCUUCCUGGAGACCGUCGGUGGUUCGAAGAACUCCCGCAAGCGCAGACGCCAAGACAGUGAUGCUAGUAUGGUCGACUUCGAGCCUAGUGCCAGCACUUCCUCUGCUAUCGACUCGCCCGUCAUUCCAUCUUCUCCCAAAUCGGGCCCACAGGCCGAUCUCGCACGUUCAGUACCUUUGAUUGUGCAGAGCUUGGUGAAAGCAUGGAAGCAAGCCUCGAUGCCCUUGCGGCAGGCUGCCGUUGUGCUUCUGAAGAGUCUCUCCUUGGUCCGCUACGGUGGACUUGCCGAUCAUCUCCAGCAGAUUGAGUACCUCAUUGCCGACGCCCUCAAGACCUCCUCCCUUGCCGGCAGCUCGGCAGCUCAUUCGGGUGCCGCCGUCAGUGCUGGCGCUCUACAGAUCGAGACCCUUGGCCUUAUUUCUGCCAUCGCUGAGACUCAUCUGUCUGAUGCCCUUCUCCCCUUCCUCAUUGCUCUAGUUCCCGGGGUUGUCGGAGCUGUCAAUGAACGCAACUACAAGGUCAGCAGCGAGGCCUUGGGAGCCGUGGAGCAGAUUGUGAAGGCCAUGACCCCACCUCGGGCAUCUGCAAAUAACCCCGAGGUUGCCAAGCAAUUGGAGAAGCUUUAUGAGGUUGUGCUCGCCCGCAUUACCGAUACCAGCGCCGACCUCGAAGUUCGUCAGCGAGCAAUUCAUGUGUUUGGUGUGAUCCUGGCCCUGACAUCGGGCCAAAAGGGUACCGCAUACCUGUCUGCUGAUCACCGAUCCAAAGGUCUCUCUAUCCUAGUGGACCGUGUCAAGAAUGAGACAACUCGCCUUGCUGCCGUGCGCGCCAUUGACGACGUCGUCGUGCUUGCCAGCCGCCCGCAAGACGUGAGUGCAGACUGGGUCAACGAUAUCACCCUCGAGCUCGGCUCCAAUCUUAGAAAGUCGGAUCGAGCUUUGCGAGGAUCAUGCUUGGAGGCCCUCCGCAGUGUUACGAUGAACUCUAGCAUCAGAUCUCAGCUGGGCCCCGGUACUAUGGUCACGCUGGAGAACUCCCUCCUUCCACUGUUGUCAGCUCCGGAUUUCCACCUCCUCACCCCGACCUUGAUAAUUAUCGCCAAGAUUGUUCCUGGAAACUCAAAGUCGCUUGUCAAUGAGGCAUUGAUCACCUCGAUUUGCUCAAUCGUCAAACAACCGCUUGUCGGUACCGUUUUGAAGGCCCUACUGCUUUUGGUGAAGGUUAUUGGAGAUGAAGGUGCGGGUGCUCAGUUGAUGCAGAAUCUCCUGCAAAAUGUCGGCAUUACUGGAGAUUCCUCCGUCGUUGGUCGGGCCAUCGGCACCCUUCUGGUGCACGGCGGACCAAACCUGGGUGUCACCAUGGAUGACUUCUCAAAUGAGCUCAGAACGGCCAAGGACGACAGCCGCAAGUGCCUUGCUCUGGCAAUCUUGGGCGAGAUUGGAUUGCGUAUGGGCGCCGAGUGUGCGCUGACUCCCGAUAUCUUUAUUGCGCACUUCAAUUCCGGCUCAGACCACGUACGCUUGGCUGCGGCUACUGCCCUUGGCAAUGCGGCAGCGGGAAGUGUCAAGGCCUACCUCCCCGUCAUUCUCAAUGGUCUUGACAAGAAUAAUACACAAAGCUAUCUCCUGUUGCACGCGGUACGAGAGUUGCUGCAGCACCCAGAGGUUGUCCGCCCAGAUCUUGCCCCCACUGCCCUCAAGCUAUGGCAGGCUCUCCUUGUGGUAUCCGAGGAGGAGGACAACCGUGCGGUUGGCGCCGAGUGUGUUGGUCGUCUGGCUCUGAUCGACCCAGUCAAUUACAUUCCCCACUUCCGGGAUUGCCUGAACAAUUCCGACGCUGUCGUUCGUGGUGUUGUCAUCUCGGCCUUCCGCUAUACCCUUGCUGAUUCCAGCGAUGCGUACAAUGAUGUCCUGCGCCCCUUGAUGGUACCCUUGCUCACCACCAUGCUUAUUGACAGCGACCUGGGUAACCAUCGUCUUGCAUUGACUACACUCAAUUCCGCUAUCCAUAACAAGAUGGCCCUCCUCCUUCCCCAUUUGGGUGAACUGCUCCCUGCCGUCUUCGGCGAUACCAAGAUCAAGCCCGAGUUGAUUCGUGAGGUGCAAAUGGGUCCUUUCAAGCACAAGGUCGAUGACGGUCUUGACCUCCGCAAGAGUGCCUAUGAGACCCUUUACGCCUCCCUCGACACUCCAUUUGCCCGCAGCCACGUCUCUGAGAUCUUCGACCGUGUCAUCGCUGGUGUUGAAGAUGAGCAAGACAUCCGCGCCAUUAGCAACCUGAUGACCUCCAAGCUGGUUCUCAUCGCACCGGAAGAAACUGAGCGCCGUCUCAACGCACUUUCCGAGCGCUACACCACUGUGCUCUCUUUCAAACCCAAGGAUAAUGCCGUCAAGCAGGAACUGGAGAAGGCGCAGGAGGCCUCGCUGGGUAUUCUCAAGACCACAAAGGAACUCAGCAAAGCGUUCCCUGGUGCAGAGACCUCGAGUGACCUGCACAAGUGGAAGGGAUACAUGGAGUGGGUUCGAAAGACCUUUGCAUCGCAGUGGCAGUCUCUGGACUCGGAGUUUUGA